UUAAAGAAUUUUCUGCAUUUUUAAACGAUCAUAAAAGUGCUUUAAAAUCUAUUAUUGCAUGUUAUAACUUAACUACGUUUCUUAACUAUGCAUAUAAUGUCUCUUCGGCGUUUAGAAGACGGAAUCCAAAAUUUAAGGUUUGUGUCAAAUGAAUUAUUAGAAGAUUGGUUAUUCGAUUUAUUAAAAAAGAAUCAGGAAAGAGUUUCUGCUGCUACAACGCUGGAAUACUUAUGGUCGCAAGAAGUUGUCGAAUUUAUAUUCAACAUUUGCUCCUCUUUUAAACUAAAAAGUGACGUCAAGUACACAGCUCUUGAGAUAUACGAAAGGUUUGUUGGAAAUCAUGUCUUGGAACUUUACAGGACUGUUAAAAAUAGUCGAAAUUCCAGAACGCCUUUAGUUUGGGAAGAUAUCAAAGCUAGAAUCGGAGAACAAGUAAUUCUACGGGUGAUAACGUCUGUACAAUUGGCAAGUAAACUUAAUUCCCAUUACAAUCACAUCACGCCAGAUCAAGUGUUCCAGUUUUUGGUCAAUUCUGGAAAAAGCUACAGUAAAUCGGGAAUAUUUAAUUCUGAACUUAGACUGAUGAGAAGUCUAAAUUACAAGGUUAACGUCACAACACCGUCUAUUUAUGUCAAUACACUUUUAUGCGUACUUUUUACGAAUGAUCCGUCUUUGGAAGAUAUUUUGUUUACAACAUCUGUCAAAACGUUAGACUUCGUUUACCUAAACAGAACGCGAGUUUACAAUCAUCUGUACGAAAGUAUUACCGGCCUUUCUGUUGCUAAUUCAGUACAAGACAAUGAGAUAUUUUUGAAAAUCAAAGCCGAUUAUAUGCUACUAGCGGGAUCUAUAAUAGCCACUGCUGCUUAUAUGGUAAUGAAAGACAAAUGGAAUAAACUCUUAGAGCAACUGCACCAAGUUACGCGAAUUCUCAAAAGAGAUAUAAAGAAUUUCAGCAUUGUCAUAAUAGAUGUUAUGACAGAAUUCCUUAAAGAGUGA